CCUGCUCAGCCCCGCUCUGUGUGUCUGCAGAUGGCGGAGGCCCAGUUCGUGCUGUCCUUCGUGCACCGCUUCCUGGAGCCCCGUGGCGCCACCACCUACUUCGCCUUCUGCUACCCCUUCUCGUACACCGAGUGCCAGGACAUGCUGGCGCACCUGGACAGCCGCCUGGAGCCGUGCCGCUACCUCUCCCCCAUCAGCCCCCCGGACUCCAUCUACUACCACCGGGAGCUGCUGUGCCGCUCCCUGGAUGGGUUGCGUGUGGACCUGCUCACAGUCACCUCGUGCCAUGGCAUGCUGGCGGAGCGCGAGCCACGGCUGGAGCACCUCUUCCCGGAUGAGGCAACACCACGGCCGCACCGCUUCAUGGGCAAACGGGUGUUCUUCCUGAGCAGUAGGGUGCACCCUGGGGAGACGCCUUCCAGCUUUGUCUUCAACGGGUUCCUGGCCUUCGUCCUGCGGGAGGAUGACCCUCGUGCUCAGCUGCUGCGGCGGAUGUUCGUCUUCAAGCUCAUCCCCAUGCUGAACCCCGACGGCGUGGCACGCGGCCAUUACCGCACGGACUCACAGGGUGUGAACCUGAACCGCCAGUACCUCAGCCCCGACGCAGAGCUGCACCCUGCCGUGUACGGGGCCAAGGCCAUCCUGCUGUACCACCACGUGCACAACUGUGUCCCGCCAGGCUUCCCCGACUGGCGGGCGCAUGGAUCCCCCCUGGCCACCAACACACUGGGUGCCAGGUCUGCCAACCGCUCCGUCCAUCACUGCACCCUGUCCCUGGAGGGGCCCCUCUCCGAACUGGAGAAAGCCAACAACCUGCGCAACCAGCCCAGCAGCCGGGCCUCCACCAGCAGCCUCCCGACGCCCUCUCAGGACCCCGCGCUGCAGGCAGUGCCCACCCCCGAGCUGGGAAGCAAUGACCGAGCUUUCUGGAUCCUGCUCGGGGAGCGCUGUGAACGGGCCACCCCACAGCCAGCGCCGGCCCCGCGCCCCAUCCAGCCCCAGGAGAGCGGGCUGGCCUACUACGUGGACCUGCACGGCCACGCCUCCAAGCGUGGCUGCUUCAUGUACGGCAACAGCUUCAGCGACGAGAACGACCAGGUGGAGAACAUGCUGUUCCCCAAGCUUAUCUCCCUGAACUCCCCUCACUUCGACUUCACGGGCUGCAACUUCUCCGAGAAGAACAUGUACGCCAAGGACAAGAGGGAUGGGCAGUCGAAGGAGGGCAGUGGGCGGGUGGCCAUCUACAAAGCCCUGGGCAUCAUCCACAGCUACACGCUGGAGUGCAACUACAACACGGGACGCUCAGUGAACAGCAUCCCCGUGGCUUGCCACGACAACGGGCGGGCCAGCCCCCCGCCUCCACCCACCUUCCCCUCCAAGUACACCAUGGAGCUCUUCGAGCAGGGGGGACGGGCCCUGGCCAUAGCAGCGCUGGACAUGGCCGAGUGCAACCCGUGGCCACGCAUCGUCAUGUCCGAGCACAGCUGCCUCAGCAACCUGCGGGCCUGGAUGCUGAAGCACGUGCGCAACGCCAAGGGCGGCGCAGGCGGCCCCCGCAAGAAGGGCCCCAGGACCCCGCCCAGGGGCUCCAACGGGCUGCCCGGUGCUGAGAACGCCCUCACCCGCACCCGGAGCUUCAGCAACGGCACCAGUGGGAGCGGCAGCAGCCAGCAGAACUCCCCCCAGAUCAAAGCCUCGCCCAGCUUCCCCUUCGGCAGCGGGCAGCCUGCCGGCACCAGCCAGAGCCCUCCCAAGGGCGGCCCUAGGGGCACAGUGCCCGCCAGAGUCGUUACCACCCGGGGUCCUCUGCGCCAGUAAAGCCUCAUGCGGAAGCCAGAACCACACAACGGAGGCCACGUUGUAGACAGUUUCUGUGAGGGGAGGCUAGCACGCAGCUGACCAGCUUCAGCAGGGCCUGCCGCGGGCAUCCUGACUCCGCUGUCAUCAGCUGCGACCAGUCCUGGCACCUCCCCAAGCCCAGGUCCUUCACUGGGCUGUAUCCCAAGUGCCUUCCUCCUUGCCCAGCCUGGUGCUGACUGCCACCUGUCUGCAUUCAAGCUGUAGCAGAGCUAGGACCUGGCAUGGCGGGCCUGAGCAGGGGGCAUGGGGCUAAUGAGCCGAUCUGUGGCCGGAGGGGGGGGGGAAAGUAAUAAACCACCUGAAACCUGAACCCAUUGGCCUGUGUCCUGGUGCUGCUUCCCUCCCUGUGUGCAGAGCUGAUCUGGCCCCCAGAGCACUGCUGUGGCCAAGGCCUGCCCCAGCAUUGUGGGGUGAUGUGAAGCAGCACAGGUCAGCUGCUGCCCUGCCACUGGCUGGGGUGGGGUUCGCUGCAGGGGAGUGCGGUGCUGCCAUGGGGGAGAGGGGUGCGUGAUGCAUCUCCCUGGGGCACCUACUGCCUCCGGGUGCUCCGGACGGAGCCACUGCCCCGAAGCGGGUCCCCAGGUGCCCGUACACGUGGCGGCUGGGGCUGCAUGUGGCCGGCCCACCUGUGCUGCAGGCAGCCCAGGGCACGGAGCCAACACACCAAAGAAGGUGCUCCAUGCUUUCUGCGUCCCCUGCAUCGCGCUGCCCCUCUGCAGUCCAUACUCUGCCCUCGGCCCUGCCUGCUCCCGCGCACUGUAGCGACCCUAUCUGACAGUCCCCGCGAGAGCCGGGAGGAGCAAAUAAAAGGCCUCUGUCUCCACGG